ACUGGCAGAACAUCGGCAGACGAGAGAACAGCGCUCACAGCUCAAGCAAGCCUCACUGUGAAGCACAUCAACAAGCAAGCAUGGCCCUGAGUGUUUACUUCCCUCCGAUGCACGUGAUGGAGAGGAGCGUCUGGCCAGGCUGGCCGGUCUGGAACACUCGCGGCGAAAGCCUCUUCGAGCAGAUGGAGCAAGACAUGAGGAUUGAGAUCGAGAGGAUGGAGAGAAUCUUCCGUGGAUUCGAUCAGCUCAGCAGCCACAUGUGGGCUCCGGGAAACCUUCGAGUCACCCUGCAGCAGCCGGACGUGAGCAGUGGGUUCCACAUUGAAGCUGCACGGCAGCAGGGAGACGGGUUCGUCGCGUCCCUGGACGUGCAGGACUUCUCCCCACAGGACCUGGCCGUGAAGGUGUCUGGAGACAAGUUGGUGGUGGCCGGACGGCGCGAGGUGAAGAGCGGAGAAGGCAGCAGCUACAGCCACAGCUGCCAGGAGUUCCACAGGGAGACGCAGCUGCCCAGGGACGUGGACCCGCAGAGCGUGAGCUGCUGCUUGACCGAAGACGGGAAGCUGAAGGUCAAGGCUCAGCGCCGUGCCCUCCCUGCAGCGACCGAGAGGGUGGUGGCCAUUGAGCUUCCAGCGACAUCGACUCCUGGCACGGCCACUCCAGCCAUCCACGCACCCACCUUCGCAAGCACCCGUACAUAGAAUUUGGCGUUGGGCCAACCAAGAUUGUUACUUUAACCGUACAAUUUAGUUGUGUGUAGUAGCGUAUAUUGAAAUGUUCUUCGUGAAAUUGUACCGCUUCAAUUAAUUGUAAUACUUUGAAUACAAAACAUGAAUGGGUUUGGAAAUAACUUAGUUUUUUUUGUUUAAAAAGCUAUCAAAUGUUGUACUGUCAAUAAUAUGAAAGUGUACAGCUUAAACGUAGAGUGGUUUGCCUGGAUAAAUAUUUCAAAGUCGUCUUUUGCACUGUAAUACAAAGCUAUUUGUUUUGGGAAACAAAAUACCUUUUUCCGUUCUUCAGUUUUCAUUCUAAAACAUUAAAUGCAUCUAAUAUUCAGUAUAUAUAAAGAACGUAUUUAUUUGCAAUUUUAGAUUCAUGAAUAAGUCAGAAAUGGUUAAUUAUGUGGAGAUUGGAGAUAACUCUCCCCUCUGUAUGUGGAGAAACAGCAGUGUCAGAAACUGUACAUUACCCAACAUUUUAAAUAGUUUUAAUUGUAUUAUGCACGAUGCAACUGAAAGAAAACAAAUGUUGAACACGAAGCCCUCGUAUGUGCUCAUAAGGUUGAAUGUUUGACUUUUACAACUAAAAUAAACAGAAAAAAGCA